AUGUGGGAUAAGCUUGAAGUUACCUAUGAAUGUACCGGUAAAGUAAAAGAAAUAAGGAUAAACCGUCUGAUUCGUGAUUAUGAGUUGUUUCAAAUGAAGGAAGAUGAAUCCAUUGAAGACAUGUUUGGCCGAUUUAGCAAAAUAGUUGGAGAUCUAAAAUCCUUUGGAAGACCAUAUUCAAGUGGUGAACAAGUCAGAAAGAUUCUAAGAAGUUUACCCACCUUAUGGCAACCAAAAGUUGUUGCUCUUGAAUACGGUGAUCUCGACAAACUAUCAUGUGAUGAACUUCGUGGAGACCUUAUAGCCGUCGAGCUAACCCAUCUCAAAAAGCAUGGACAUGAAGAGAAGAAAAAGAGUGUUGUUUCUAAAUCAACUAUUGCUGAGUCUGAAAGUGAAGCCGAAGAAGAAGGAGACAAACAUGAAGAUGAUAUUGCAUUAUUUUCUAGAGUUGUCUCUAACACGACGCGAAGAAGCAAGAAAAAUGGAAGAGUCAAUUCAAGUUCUAAAAAAGGUAAUGAAAUAAGUGAGCAGAAAAACAAUGACAGAAAGUGCUACAAAUGCGGAAAUUAUGGUCACAUCCAAACCAACUGUCCAGAACUAAAAAGGAAACUAUCCAAGGGCAAUGGAAAGAGAAAAUCUUCCAGCGUAUGGAGUGAUGAAUAUAUGCCAGAUAAAAAUCAUAAUGGAGUUGCCAACCUUUGUUUCAUGGCACGAAGUGUGACAAGUGAGAAAAGAAAAUCUUUUGGUAUCUGGAGUGAUGAAGAUAUAUCAGACAACGAUCAUGAGGAAUCUACAAGCAACUCCAUCAUGGCCCCAAGUGAAACAAGUGAGGUAAGAUUUCAUGAUUGUGAUAAAUGUAAUGAACUUCAAAGUAUCAUAGAACAGGCUUUAGAAGAUAUGAGAAAAAUUCUUGAUGAGCUCAUGAAGACUAAACGGGAGAAGAAAAACCUGGGGACCCAACUUGAAGAAUAUAACAAGUUGAAAAAGGAAAAGGAAGAGUGGGAUAUUCUACUUGAAGAAUAUCAGGUUGAAAAUGACUUACUUCAAGAAGAAAAUGUGGAACUUCAUAAACAAAUGAAUAGUUUGCACAUAUCUUCCCGUCACCAUUUUGAUCGACCGAAUAAGCGGGUUCAUUUUCUUAAUAACUCCAAGUUGAAUGACAAGGGAUCUACCAGUAGACGCCCUACUUCAAACAAGUCGACUCAGGAAAGCUUCAAGUCGACUAAGGCACCUGCUGGUAAAUACUCUACUUCUUUUGUUACAUGUCACUACUGUGGUAAUUUUGGACAUAAGGCAUUUGCAUGGAAUUAUGCCAAAAGUCAUGAUAGAUCAAAAUUUGUUUGGAGACCUAAACAGUUACAUGUAUCUCCAAUUAUACAAGCUACUAACCAUGAAGUACCCAAAAAGGUUUGGGUACCAAAAACAAACUAA